AACAUCGAGAGAUACCAUUAACCUGCACCUCCAACUGGACCCAGUAUGACAAGAAUUGCUACCGACUGUACACGUCGGUAAAAGAUUGGAUUGACGCCUAUAGGUAUUGUCAACUCGAAGAUAGUAUUUUGGUGGACAUUGCCUCUGAGAGUGAACAAAAUUUCUUGCAAGAUUUCGUCAAUGGAACGGAUGUUUGGAUAGGUGCCUCUGAUAUCUUCAUAAAUGGCCAGUGGUUGUGGUAUGGCAGUCACCAAUCCUGGAAUUACACUAACUGGAAUACUAAAGAACCAGAUAACCAGGGCAAUGUUGAACACUGUAUUAUCAUAAACAAUCAAGGAAAAUGGAGUGACCGUGACUGUAGCCAAGAGAGAGCAUUUGUCUGUAAAAAGAGAACUUUCCUGUCCUUCUGUGACUCUUCCUGGGCCGUGAAAGACGGACAUUGUUACAAACACUUCACAUCUCAACUGACAUGGAACAACGCCAUGAAAGAUUGUCAGGCCAACACAGCCGUUCUCGUUAGCAUAAAAAACUCUGCUGAACACUCUUUCGUAAACGGACUGUACAAUAGGGCUGACUUUUGGAUCGGAGGAUUUGAUAGACACAGAGAAGGCACGUGGGCUUGGUCUGGAACAACAAUGUUGUGGAGUUCCACCUUCUGGUUGAGAUAUCAGCCUAACAAUUCCAAAAACCAAGACUGUCUAACAGCUUACAUAGGAUCUGGUCUGUGGAAUGAUCUCGGAUGUAACGAAAAAAGAACGUAUAUGUGUCAAAGAAAUACUUUUCACUUAGACAAGGAUCCGGUUUUAACCUUCGAAGUCAAUGAAACUACUCAAGAAACAAGCCUCCUCUGUGACUUUGAUACCAAUUUCACUGAUAUUGAAUUCCUCGUAAAUUGGUACUAUAAUUCUGACAUGAUAAAAGAGGAAAAAGUGACGAUAAGCAAAACAGAGAGCUUGUUGGAAGAAACGCACAUUCCUCUUCUUCUCUUUAGAGACCAGAUUAAAUGUACCGUCACUCCCUGUAUGCCUGGAAACUGCUCUGGCUUCAGAGGUUCGCUGAGAAACAGUAAUAUUAUCAUUGCAAAAGUACAGGUGGAAAGUGGCACUCAAAUAACUGUCCAUGAAAGGUCAGGGCUUGCCCUCAUAAAUGUCACUAGCACAAUCCCUCCUAGAUUGUUUUGUUAUAAAGAACUGAGGGCAAAUACAUGCAAAGUGGAAAUAGUUUCUGAGCUCGUCAAGGGACGUGAAUUAAAAUGUAGGGGUUUUCCUGUAAGCCAAGCUGUGUUUGGUAUGGACAAUCUACACACAAAACCAUGCUCUCAUUUGAUCAACAUGGACAACUGGCAAUCUGGAGUUUUAAUAUCCGUCAAAGCUUCCAUAGACGGCUUGAGGGACAGGGACCAAAGGCGAAAUAUUCGUCUAUCUCUCAAAACUCCCAAUGAAACCAAGGAAAUCUCCACUGUACAGGUGACAGUAGUUGAUGGAGAUAAGGUAGCAGUAUGUUCUUCAAUAAACGACCCCCAUAUGACAACAUUUGAUAAAAAAUAUUACGACGUCUACCUUGAGGGAGAAUUCAUUCUGUACAGACACAGAACCUUGCCUUAUGAGGUACGAACGUUUUAUCGCCGUUGUAAUAGGGUUGCAGCCUGCAAUUGUGCUGUGGCGAUUCGGUCUGGAGAUGACGUCAUUUUAUUUGACGUUUGUGGUCCUUCAAUGGGAAAGUCUUCCAGACGUACACGAUACACCAUGAAGAUGUAUCUGAAUGGAGAUUUGACCCCAGGGACUGAUGUCAUUCGGAAGGGAGGAGGAAAAACAUAUGAGGUAAUUCUGCCAACUGGAGCGGUGGUCUACGUGAUGACUGGGAAUGGGUUUUUCAACGUUAAAAUGUUAGCAUCGGCUCUUGAUUAUAAAAACACUGAAGGGUUGUGUGGUAACUUUGAUGGUGACCGAAACAACGACUUUAGGAAAAGAGACGGGGAACUGUAUACAAGGGGAGGAAAACAACCAAAUGAAUUCUCUCUGUCAUGGAGGGUACCAGAAGAGGAUUCCUUAUACCGGGGAUAUUGUGUGUCUUCUGCCGACACGAGUCCUAAAGUGGAGAAGUACUGUGACUGUUUGGGAGGAAAGACUGCCGCGUGUCAGGAGGGAAUGGACAAAAUGACAUGUGUAGAAAUUCAGAAGAGGAAAGGACUGCUUAGCAACAGAAGAACCAAACUGGUCACUCCUAAUCUGAUAAAAGAUGCUGAGUCACCUCCUGCUCGGUGCCAGUCUUUACGACCCCCAGAACCGUUUGGUUACGUGCCAAACUAUACCCAACCUGACCCUGUUUGGCCAACACCUGGUAAUAUCACUGAAGACGAGGCGAGGAAGUUUUGUCAAGGCUUUAUUGAAGCCAAGGAAUCCGGAAAGAAAUGUGCAUCUCUACCUGGGCUGGAUCUGACUCCUAUUGUACAAGGCUGCGUAACUGAUUUACAGCUAACUGAUGAUAAAUCCUGGGCGAGCGAGAGUUUUGACAAUUUACAACAAGAAUGUACGACCAUUGUGGAGGGGGACCCGGAUCAAUGGACUGUAAACAAUGAAACCGGGGAUGCCAUACCGCCUCCAGGAAUCGUUGGUGUCAUCUGUCCCAACAGCUGCAUGGAAAACGGAAAUUGCACAGAUGGACUCUGUCAGUGUUUUCAUCCGUGGAUUGGUGACGACUGUUCGAUUAACUCUACUGCUCCGCCUGAUCUCUUUGAAAUAGGAAAUGGAGAACCAUGUGACUCGAUAUGUACCAACUGCACCACGGUCUAUCUUUAUGGAGAAAAUUUUGCUGAUGUUGAGAAUCUUACGUGUCAUUACAGAUCUCUUGAUAUAAACAUGCAAGCUGUAUCGGAUUCGACCAGUAAGGCUGAAUAUUUGAAUUCCCAGACUGUCAAGUGUGCGUUUCCUAAUGAUGGAUUGUACGAAGUAGCGGUCAGUAAUGAUGGUCAGACCAUCAGUUUAUACAAAAUCUACAUCAUCUUCAAUAGUCAUUGUCAUCAGUGCACAAGCAGUGGGUGUACAGUCAGGAAUGAUGUUUGCAGAAUUGGCGGUGUUUGUUUUGUCCAUGGUUUUGUUAAUCCACAAAAUGUCUUGGAGGUCUGUGAUAUCAGCAUAUCAAAUAAUCGCUGGUCUACAUUGCAAGUUGAAAAAAUCUCUACAAAGAGAUACAAUUUCCAAAACAUUAAUGGACAGUCUCUGGUAACAUCGAGCGACAACGUCGUGAUCGGGGGCACGGGUACUCCGACGCUUACAACUGGUGUGAGUGGGGGAACUGCUGUCAUAUUAGAUGGACGUCAAUAUCUGGCUUUUGGGGACCUGACAAAUGUCUGUUUUGGCGAUAUAGCAAAAAUUUCUCUUGGUAUCACUAUAACGUUUAAUGUUAGGCUGAUGACAAAUGCACAUACCUGUUUCUUGUUAAGUAAUGGGGGAGACGAUGACCAGUACUAUGGUUAUGCUAUCUGGUUUGGGAAUAACAGACUAUAUGCUAGAGUCAGUAAUAAAUGGUCAGAAUGGGUCACUUCUACAUCCUCUGUCAAACUGGAGGAGUUUAUGGCGGUGGAAAUGUCCUGGAGCCUCCAGUUUGGUCUACAGCUGAGCGUUGAUCAGGAGGUCAAAGCUUCCACAAAGAAAUGCAUUUCUCGUCUUGCGUCUAAUUACACGGCCUUUAAUAACUUCAUUGUUGGUGGAUCAUCAAAGAAAGAACAAAACUGCCAAAUGAUGAUAGAAACCAUAACAUUUGUGUGCGCAGGAAAGGAUAUUAUAAAUAGUACCGGAUUGAAAUUCAAAGAUCCCGAAGUUCCAGGACAAUGCGUUGUGUCAUCAGGGCUGGAAGCCACUGCAGCCGUCAUUUCGACAUCAGUGAUCGCUGGAACUUUGUUUUGUAUAACCUGUAUAUUCUGUAUACUUUGUGGAUGCAGAAGACGAAAGAAAAAGAAAAAACUUGUUCGUCUAGUAAGUCAAGAAUCAAGCACAGAUUUUCAAGAAGAAUCAUCGAAGAAGACCAGAUUUCCAGUAUUCUGGAAACAAUAUGGAGGAUCCACUCACACUUCUGCACCAAGAUGGCAUGCUUACUGUUAUCAAGCAGAUGGACAGUCCCAAAAAGUCAAAUCAAAAACAACAAAAGAGCAAACAACAAAAAUGGAAAGAUCUCAGAAAGAAAGAGGUUCAAAUCCAGUUAUAAUCCAACCUGAACUUUUAUUACAUAAAACUUCGAGAGUACGACAAGACGAUCAGGUCAUCCAUAGCACAAACCAAACUCAAUCUCACGUAAAAUCAUCAGAUAAUGGGGUAAUGGGAAUAAAAGGCUAUCAUGAAACAAAAACUGAGUGCAAAACCCCGAACAGAAAAUCUAAUAUGAUAGUAGGUGAAAACGAACAAUCUGUAGUUAGUAACUGGUUACAAACAAACACAAGUUGGACUUCGACCAGAGAUUUUGAAAAUGAUGCUGCUGUUUAUAGGAGCUCUGAUGAGAACACUAAACCUUAUAAUCUCCGAUUAAUCACUAAACAGUCCUCUGAAAAUGAUGAAAAAAUAUCAAGACCAAGUGUGGAUACUACCAAACUGAUAGAAACUGGAAAAUUCCAUCAGAGCACAUCUACUGCAAAAACCAUUAAUGAAUCAAUGAUUGCCCAUAGGUCAAAGGAAAAUAGAAAAAUAUGCCCAUACUGUACAUGCUGUAUGGGCCAUACUAAAGUAGAACAUAGCAUGCUUAAUUAUAUGUCGGAAAAUAUCAAAAAGGCAGUUGACAGCAGUUGUCAAACAGAUUUUCUAUCAUCUGCAUCAGCAUUGCAAGGUAAUGCGAUAUACAGCAAAGAUGAUGGGAUAAACAAACAAUCAAUGAACCAAGGAGGAUACGAAAACAUUGAGAGCCACCAUCACUACACAAGAAGUGCAUAUCCUUCUGUUGCAAGUUUUCAAUCAUCCAGAAGAGAACAAUACGUUACUAACAUCAAUCAAGCUGGAAACAAACGAAACAGUUCUGAUGUUAAUCUUCAUAGAGAGACCAAAGAAAAUGAUACCAUAUAUAGUCUUAGCGUUGAUGGUGCAGGGCAAAAGAUAGAAGGAAAGCACACUGGAAUGGAAUAUUUGGCACAAGAAAAUAUCACGGCAACCAUUGAAAAAGGCGAGGAAGUACAAGAAAAGUCUGUCUUGAUUCAGUUCGACAGUGAUGAUGAAGGAAGCAUGUCGUCAGGACUUCCAGAGCAGACAUUGCACGAAAUGGAGAAAGUAAUGAUCAAGACUGAAGUAAAACCAAGGAGGAAAGAAAAAGAAUUUUAUGAAAUAAGAACAGAAUGGGUCCCCUUUGAAAAGAAUCAGAAGGAAGCAAUCUUGACCAAAGAAGAAAUUUCAACUGGAAGAGAAGGAAGAUGGGGAUAUUUUUAUGAUGGUGAAGUCGGGCGAGUACUGAUGAACCACAUGCCAUCAGAAUCGGAAGUAGUCUUGCCUGGACCAAGACCAAAUAUGGAACGUUACGUAACAAACGACGAAGCAUAUACAUGUACUAGUAAUGAAAAGUGGAAGGGUGACGUAAAAUCAAAUAACAAAGAAAUUGAGACAUACAAAACAAGAAAAGUAUGGAUCCCGAAAGAAAACAAGCAGGAGAGAACCACUGUGACCAAAGAAGAAAUUACAAGCGGAAUAGGGCAUGGGUCUUGGUAUAUUUAUGGGGAUGAAAUGAAAAAAGAACCCAUAAAAAGUCAGAUAUCACAUUCGUCUAUUGUCCCACAAAGGACAAAUACAAGGGUUGAAAGUUACAUUGAAAUGAAUAAGAAAGGGUCUCUUAAAAGCAAUAGCGCUGAAGAAUCCAAAAUAAAACCAGAAUUGCUACAAGAUGGGAGAUAUCAUGAAAGAAAAAAUCUUAUUGAACAGCAGACUUCAGAGAGAACACAUCAUCGCAUCCAUAAAGAAAGAGGAUUAAGUCCAACCCUCAAUGAUUCUCAGUUAGCAGAGGAAGUAAUUGAAGGUUCUAUUGACCUGAAAGAUGGAGGCUUAAAAUCACACGAGGAUGGUUAUCAGAGAUCAGUUCGCACACAAGAAAUUCUUACUUACCACAGUGCAAGUGAACCCAAAACAGUUGUAAAAAGUCAAUUUCACAGAAAUUGGUAGAAAAAGAAAAAGGUUUUACUUACAUUGGGCAAGUAGAAUCGGGUCAUUUACACAUGGAUUCUACAAAGAAAGAAAAUUCAGUCUUUGUUUCAGUAGGUGGUAAUGAAAUGGAAAACUCCUUUGACGUAGAGGGCACAACCUUUUACAAACCUGGAGGCAAUGUAUAUAGAUACAAAGAGGAUGGGACGAAAGAGUAUCUGACAAAGCAAGAAUCAACAAUACCUUUCACAUUCUCCCCAAAGACAGUUGAUAAAAAUAGUCGGCAAUCCGAAGUAGGAGAAAAAAAGUUAGUUCAUCUCAGACAGAAUGGAUCAGAGAUUUUGGAAGUCCCCCAUGGAAAUGAUGGAGAUUUGGGCUUUAAUCCUGAAAAUGGCAAUAAGAUUGAGGGCACGACAUUUUACAAAUCCACUGGCACGGCAUACAGAUACAAAGAAGAUGGAAGGAAAGAAUAUGUAACAAUGCCAGAUUCAGCAUUUCCAGUUACUUAUCACCAAAAGACCGAAAUAUUAGAAUCGGAUCAGAAUAAAGAGAAAGUACCUUUCUACCAUGAUCGGCCCCCUGAAGAUUUAACGUCUGGUCGCAUUUACAG